AUGCAACUGGUUAGCAAAUCAUGGAAUCGGUGGAGAAGACAUAAAACAUGUCAUCAAAGCAGUUAUCCAAGAUUCAUGCUACCCAACAAACAGCCGAAAGGGGUCGUAAGUAACGGUGGUGCACAAACGGGUGUAGAUGCUAUAAAGUGUCACCAAAGCAUUUAUCCAAGAUUCACAGCCAAAAGGGGUCGCAAAAGUAGCGGUGGUGCACAAACGAGCGUAGGAUAUUGCUGGAAGUCCACAGUAGAAAUUUUAUAA